UUCGUUCGCUCAUCAGGACCGGGAUAGGGAAAACAAGAGCUCAUUCCCACCCAUCUGCAUCCAUUCUUGGGCCGGGGCGUGGGCAAACUAGCCUGUGGCACCCCCUCUCUGUCCCGUGCGCAUGCCGUGACAACAAUAGCUCUGACCGGGAUGGACUCAUUUGAGGACACAUUGCGGCAGCUGCGGGAGGCCUUCAACACCGGGCGGACACGGACGGCUGAGUUCCGGGCUGAACAGCUGCGAGGCCUGAGCCGAUUCCUUCGAGACCACAAACAGCAGCUGCAGGAGGCACUGGCCCAGGACCUGCACAAGUCAACCUUUGAGUCGGAAGUAUCUGAGAUUGCCAUCAGCCAGGCAGAGGUGGACCUGGCCCUCAGGAACCUGCGGUCUUGGAUGAAGGAUGAGAAAGUGUCUAAGAAUCUGGCCACACAGCUGGACUCAGCCUUCAUCCGGAAGGAGCCCUUCGGCCUGGUGCUCAUCAUUGUGCCCUGGAAUUACCCCUUGAACCUGACGCUUGUGCCGCUGGUGGGGGCCAUUGCUGCUGGGAACUGUGUGGUACUCAAGCCCUCAGAGACCAGCAAGGCCAUUGAGAAGAUCCUGGCUGAGAUCCUGCCCCGCUAUCUGGACCAGAGCUGCUUUGCUGUGGUGCUGGGUGGGCCUCAGGAGACCGGGCAGCUGCUGGAACAUAGGUUCGACUACAUCUUCUUCACAGGGAAUGCUUAUGUAGGCAAGAUCGUGAUGGCCGCUGCUGCCAAACACCUGACACCCAUCACCCUGGAGCUGGGGGGUAAGAACCCCUGCUAUGUGGAUGACAACUGUGACCCCCAGACUGUAGCCAACCGUGUGGCCUGGUUCCGCUACUUCAAUGCUGGACAGACCUGUGUGGCCCCCGAUUAUAUCCUUUGUAGCCAGGAGAUGCAGGAGCAGCUGGUGCCUGCCUUGCAGAAUGCAGUCACACGUUUCUAUGGAGACAACCCACAGACUUCCCCUAACCUGGGCAGAAUCAUCAACCAGAAACAUUUCAAGCGGCUCCAGGGAUUGCUGGGCUGUGGCCGUGUGGCCAUUGGUGGCCAGAGUGAUGAGAAUGACCUCUAUAUUGCACCCACAGUGUUAGUGGACGUGCAGGAGACAGAGCCUGUGAUGCAGGAGGAGAUCUUUGGACCCAUCCUGCCUUUGCUGACUGUGAAAAACCUGGAUGAGGCCAUCGAUUUCAUCAACCGGAGGGAGAAGCCACUUGCGCUGUACGCCUUCUCUAAGAGAAGUCAGGUGAUUAAACAGGUCCUGGCCCGGACCAGCAGCGGGGGCUUCUGUGGGAACGAUGGCUUCAUGCACAUGACCCUGUCCAGCCUUCCUUUUGGAGGAGUGGGAGCGAGCGGGAUGGGCAGGUACCACGGCAAGUUCUCCUUCGACACCUUUUCCAACCAGCGUGCCUGCCUGCUGCGUAGCCCCGGGAUGGAGAAAAUCAAUGACCUCCGUUACCCGCCCUACUCCAGAAGAAACCUCCGGAUGCUCCUGGUGGCCAUGCAGGAGAGAAGCUGCAGCUGCACGCUGCUGUGACCUCGGACACAGAUGCUGGGGAAGUGGCCGCUGGGACCCGGCCACAGAGCAGCUUGCCAGCCUUCCUCCGGGGCUUCCCUUUUUGGGCCUCUGACUGUUCUGAUUGCUAUAGGCUGAGGAUGGGAAUGUGAGAAGGGCACUGUGACCUGUCUCCCCGGUGCUGGCCAUGGAACCAGGGAGAAAACGGGCACUUCUUGUGGAUGCAGUCACCAUAUCCUGUGACCAGCAUGUCUGGGUCCUCCGAGCCUCGGUUUCCUAUCUGCACAGUGUGGAUGAAUUAACGACCUGUGGUCGCUGGGAGGAUUAAAAUAGUUGGACUGACCCCAA